AUGGGAUUUGCAUACACCCUUUCGGUAUCCCACCUCAAUCUAAGCAACCUCAAUCUAAGCGGCCUCAAUCUGAGCAACCUCAGUCUUGGGGGCGGUGGUAGUUUACCAGGAUUUCCCGGAGGUGGUGGGAAUAGAUCUAGAGGUCGUAGAGAUUCUAAAUCUAGUGGUUCCAGCUCUGAUGGAAAGGGACCUGAUGGUAUCGGCUCUGAUGGCUCUGGAAUUUCUGGAAAAGGUGUAAGUGAAUUAGGGUCUAAUGGGAAAAUAACUCUUGGAUCAGGACCUAACAGUAACUUUGGGAAGGAAGGUAAAGGAGCUGGUGGCACUAUAAGAUCGGACGGCAAAGGAACCGGUGGCUCUGGGUUCGAUGUAAAAGGCACUGGUUCUAGUCCUAAUAGUAAAGGCCCUGGAACAUUUGCACUUAAUAAUAAGGGGUCUAGUGGUUCUGGCCUUGAAAGUAAUGGCUCUGAAGGUUAUACACUUGAUGGUAAAGGACAUGGUGGUAAAGGACCAGAUGAUUCAGGACCUGGUGCUAAAAGACCAGAUGAUUCCGGAUCUGGUGGUAAAAGAUCUGAAGGCAAAGGCCCUAGUGGUUCUGGACCUGAAGGUAAUGGACCUAGCGGUUCUGGUAUUGAUAGCAAUGAAUAUAGUGGCUCGGGUCCUGAUGGUAAUAGACUUAGUGGUUCGCUUCCUGAUGGUAAUGCACCUAAUAGUUCUCGUCCUGGUGGUAAAAGACCUAAUGGCAAGGGCAUUCGUGGUUCCGGACCUGAUAGUACUGUACCUAAUGGUUCUGGUACUGAUAGUGAAGACCUUGGUGGUUCUGGACCAGACAGAAGUGAAUCUAAUGGUUCUGGUCCUGAUAGCAAAGGUCCUGAAGGUACUGGUCCUGAUAGCAAAGGUCCUGAAGGUACUGGUCCUGCUGGUGAAAGACCUGAUGGUACUGGACCUGAUACUAGUGAACCUAGUGGUUCUGCUCCUGAUAGUAGAGGACCUGGAAGAUCUGGAACUGAUGGUAAAAGACCUGAUGGUAAAGGCCCUGAUGAUUCUGGACCUGAUAGCAGUGAACCUAGUGGUUUUGGUCCUAAUAGUAGAGACCCUGGAGGUUCUGGACCUGCUGGUAAAGGACCUGGUGGUUCUGGACCUAAUAGUAGUGAACCUAGUGGUCCUGAUAGCAGAGCCCCUGAAGGUUCUGGACCUGACGGUAAAGGCCCGGGUGGUUCUGGACCAGAUAGCAGUGUACCUAGUGGUUAUGGUCCUGAUAGCAGAGGCCCUGGAGGUUCUGGACCUGCUGGUAAAGGACCUAGUGGUAAACGACCUAAUGGCAAAGGCCCUGGGGAGUCUGGACCUGAUAGUAGUGAACCUAGUGGCUCUGGUUCUGAUAAUAGAGGCCCUGGAGGUUUUGGACCUGCUGGUAAAGGACCUGGCGACUCUGAACCUGAUAGCAGUAAACCUGGUGGUUCUGGUCCUGAUAGUAGAGGACCUGGUGGCAAAAGACCUGGUGGUAAAAGACCUAAUGGCAAAGGCCCUGGUGAUUCUGGACCUGAUAGUAGUGAACCUAGUGGUUCUGGUCCUGAUAGUAGAGGCCCUGGAGGUUCUGGACCUGCUAAUAAAGGACCUGGGGGUAAAAGACCUGAUGGGCAAGGCCCUGGUGAUUUUGGACCUGAUCGCAGUGAACCUAGGGGUUCUGGUCCUGAUAGUAGUGGCCCUGGAGGUUCUGGACCUGAUAGUAGAGGCCCUAGAGGUUCUGGGCGUACUGACAAAAGACCUGGUGGUAAAAGACCUGAUGGCAAAGGCCCUGGUGAUUCUGCACCUGAUAGCAGUGACCCUAGUGGUUCUGGAUCUGGUAGUAGAGGCCCUAGAGGUUCUGGGCCUGCUGGUAAAAGACCUAAUGGCAAAGGCCCUGGUGAUUCUGGACCUGAUAACAGUGAACCUAGUGGUUCUGGUCCUGAUAAUAGAGGCCCUGGAGGUUCUGGACCUGCUAAUAAAGGACCUGGAGGUAAAAAACCUGAUGGGCAAGGCCCUGGUGAUUCUGGUCCUGAUCGCAGUGAACCUAGGGGUUCUGGUCCUGAUAGUAGUGGCCCUGGAGGUUCUGGACCUGAUAGUAGAGGCCCUAGAGGUUCUGGGCGUACUGGUAAAAGACCUGGUGGUAAAAUACCUGAUGGCAAAGGUCCUGGUGAUUCUGCACCUGAUAGCAGUAACCCUAGUGGUUCUGGUCCUGAUAGUAGAGGCCCUGGAGGUUCUGGACCUGAUAGUAGAGGCAAUAGAGGUUCUGGGCCUGCUGGUAAAAGACCUAAUGGCAAAGUACCUGGUGAUUCUGGACCUGAUAGUAGUGAACCCCGUGGUUCUGGUCCUGAUAGUAGAGGUCCUGGAGGUUCUGGACCUGCUAAUAAAGGACCUGGGGGUAAAAGACCUGAUGGGCGAGACCCUAUUGAUUCUAGACCUGAUAACAGCGAACCUAGUGGUUCUGGUCCUGAUAGUAGAGGCCUUGGAGGUUCUGGACCUGAUAGUAGAGACCCUAGAGGUUCCGGGCCUGCUGGGAAAAGACCUAAUGGCAAAAGCCCUGGUGAUUCUGGACCUGAUAGUAGUGAACCUAGUGGUUCUGGUCCUGAUAGUAGAGGCCCUGGAGGUUCUGGACCUGCUAGUAAAGGACCUGGGGGUAAAAGACCUGAUGGGCAAGGCCCUGGUGGCUCCGUACCUGAUAGCAGUGACCUUAGACGUUCUGGACCUGAUAGUAAGGGCCCUGGAAGAUCUAGACCUGCUGGUAAAGGACCUGGGGGUAAAAGACCUGAUGGUAAAAGUCCAGAUGAUUCUGGACCUGAAGGUUCCAGACCUGGUGGUAAAAGUCCUGAUGGCAAAGGUCCUGGUGGUUCUGGACCUGAUAGUAAAGGCCCUGUAGGGCCUGUACCUGGUGGUGGAAGACCUAAUGGCAGAGGUCCUGGGGGUUCUGGACCUGAUAGUAGAGAACCUAAUGGUUCUGGUACUGAUAGUAGAGGCCCUGGAGUUUCUGGACCUGGUGAUGAAAGACCUCGUGGUAAAAGACCUGAUGACACAGGACCUGGUGGUUCUGGAUUUAAUGGUAGUGGACCUAGGGGUUCUCGUCCUGAUAGUAAAGUCCCUGAAGGUUCUGGACCUGAUGGUAAUGGACCAGACGAUAGAAGCCCUGGAGGUUCUGCACCUAAUAGUAAAGGCCCUGGAGGUUCUCGACCUGAUGGUAAAAGACCUAAUGGCCAAGUUCCUGGAGGUUCUGGAUCUGGCCUUUCCGGAUUUGAGGGUAAGGGACGAAGGGUCUCCGGACCAGGUGGAAAAGGCUCAGGUGAUUUAGGACUGGAUGGAAAACUACCGGAUCUCUCCGGACUUGAUCUUUCUGGACUUGAUGGAAAACUACCGGAUCUUUCUGGGCUUAAAGGAAAACUACCAGAUCUUUCCGGACUUGAUCUUUCUGGACUUGAAGGAAAACUACCGGAUCUUUCUGGACUUAAAGGAAAACUACCAGAUCUUUCCGGACUUGAUCUUUCUGAACUUGAAGGAAAACUACCGGAUCUUUCUGGACUUAAAGGAAAACUACCAGAUCUUUCUGGACUUGAAGGAAAACUCCCAGAUCUUUCGGGAAUAGAUCUUUCUGGACAUAAAGGAAAACUCCCAGAUCUUUCCGAACUUGAUCUUUCUGGACUUAAAGAAAAACUCCCAGAUCUUUCCGAACUUGAUCUUUCUGGACUUAAAGAAAAACUCCCAGAUCUUUCCGAACUUGAUCUUUCUGGACUUGAAGGAAAACUACCGGAUCUUUCUGAACUUAAACGUGGAAAUCUUGGAGGUAAGUUAAAAACUGCUAUGAUUUUGAUAAAAUAAUAUUUUUUUCUAUAC